AUGUCGUCUCAGAUCCAGAGUUUCGACGUGGCGUUCAGUGGGAGCACCAAAGCCACCUCGGCAGGAGCCUCUGGCUCUGGCACCACUCAUCCUGCCUGGCUCAUUGGCAUCGGGGCACAGUUCGCAGGCCACUCAAGUGGGCUUACCGGCGAGCAACGCCGAAUCAUUAAUGAGAAGUGA